AUGGCCCUCGCUCGACAACACCAACGUCAACGGCGGUCAGCUUAUCCAUGGUCCAUACAGUGUUUACUCCUCCCUCCCCCUAUAUUCCCUACGCCUAGCAAGGCGGUACCAGAUUCACCUUCACCAUUCCCUCGCUAUGGGCAUACGCUUUCUGCGACAACCACUGCUUCAGGAGAGUUAUAUCUCUUUGGCGGUCUCGUCCGCGAAACAGCCCACAAUGAUUUAUACAUUUUUUCUGCCCAUGAUCUGAGCGCGACUCUCGUUGAGACAUGUGGAGAAACACCCUCGCCAAGAGUCGGCCACGCUAGUGCAUUCGUUAGCAGCGUUCUUAUUGUAUGGGGAGGCGAGACCAACGCAAACCCCUUGUUCGAUCGGUCAGAACAGCAUGAUGAUGCGCUAUAUUUACUGAACCUCGUUUCACGAGAGUGGAUGCGGGUAGUUAUGCGCGCGGUCCUGUACCUUCUGGACGCUAUGGUCACGCUGUUACUAUGGUCGGCAUCAAAUUUUCGUCUCCGGAGGACAGGUCGAUGACGAGUUUUUGAAUGACCUCCAUGUAGCUAGAGCUGGGUAUGUCCUCUUGCUGUCAUGCUUUCCCUUUCUUCACAUGUAUAAAGUAUUGUAGCUAGCAUGCACUCCCUGUGAUGACUGGUAGCAUAUAUAGCGGUUCAGUAGGUUCUACAGGAUGCAUGAUAGCUAAGAUACAUGUUAUAUACAAGGCUACUACACAGGGAGGAGCAGGGUGAAGCUUGGGGUAGCCAGAAAACAUUGAUAUUUUAGAACUGCCAAAUUGGGUUAUGUUUUCGAAGGUAGUACUAAAAAUUGCCGCUUUCGGACGAUACAAGCAUAUAUUGGAACCGUGAAAUAUGUGCAUAGAUUAUAUAAUGAUAUGCCCUUAUAAUACCUUGGAGCUUUGGAGGACUUGGAGGAUUUAGG